AUGGAUUUGGAAGGAAUUACCGAAUGGCCUCAGCACACAGCAGGCACCUUCGAGAUCAAGCUUCCUGCACGGAUACAUAUAACAGAAGAAUCGGUUCCUUCCUCCGUCGCGUCGCUAGCUUUUACUCCGUCACCCGACAACUCACCCAUCUACACACCGCCCAAUCCCGACACCAGCACCAAAAUUCCGGAGUUCUGGAACGUAUGCGUCCACGAUGAAGCUCCCGACGCCCCGGCUGUAGUUGCCUGGGACGGAUCUUUCACCUAUGGGGAGCUCGAUAAGCUAUCUACUCGACUAUCGUUUCUCCUAAUCCUACUCAGUGUGAAACCCGAAUCAUUUGUCCCAAUUUCCAUGGACAAGUCACAGUGGACGACAGUUGCCAUCCUUGGUGUCCUUAAGGCCGGAGCGGCUUUUACUCUGCUGGACCUGUCACACCCGCUCCCCAGGUUGCGAGCGUCCUGCGAAGACCUGGAGGCCACCAUCAUUCUCACCCAAAUAGCGAACGCGGUCGUCGUCGAACGUCUUUGUGAAGCGUGGUACCCCAGUCCUCUGACGGCUCAGCCGCUAACGACAUCUGUCUCCCCGGCUAACGCCUUAUUAUGCCCCAAGGGGGUGGUGAUUGAACACCGGGCCUACGCUUCCGGAGCCAGAGAACACUUGAAAGUAUUCCAGAUUGAUCACACAUCUCGAGUCUUGCAAUUUUCUUCCUACGCGUUUGAUGUCAGCAUUAUGGAGACACUGAGCACACUGAUGGCGGGCGGCUGCCUGUGCGUGCUGAAAGAGACCGAACGGACAGAUCCCGCAUUGUUCAUCGAGGCUUUGAAUAAGUUCAACGUCAGCCACGCCAUGUCGACCCCCUCCUUCUCGAGGACCAUGCCGUGGCGCGAGGCAAGAUACAUCCGCACCUUGAUCCUCGGCGGAGAAGCAAUGCAUCCUACGGAAGCGGCAUUCUACGCUGAAUGCGGGAUUAGACUUGUAAAUGCAUACGGCACUGCAGAGUGCUCGGUGAACGCCACGACGGAACCCGAGGUCAAGCCUGGAGCGAAUGCCAACUGUUUCAGUCAGCAUACAGGCGCCGUGGUCUGGUUGGUCAACCCAGAUGAUGCAGAGCGCCUAGUAGCCCCUGGGACGGAGGGGGAGCUGUUAUUAGAAGGACCCAUUGUUGGGCGGGGAUACUUGAAUAAUAAGAAAGCCACCGCGACGGCGUUUAUAGACCCGCCGACAUGGUUGCAGAGGCUUCGUGUUGGGCAGUAUCAACAUCGACUGUACCGGACAGGAGACCUAGCAGUCCAAGACAGCGUCACUGGAUCUCUAGCCCUCCUCGGCCGCAAAGAGGGGCAGGUGAAAAUCCGAGGACAGCGGGUGGAGCUGGCUGGCAUUGAACAGCACAUUCGAGAGACCCUGCCCACGGCCGCGGAAGUGAUUGUCGGAGAAGUGGCAUUUAUUCAACUUGACAUGAUGAAGACAGGUCCAGCUAGUGAUUCCCCCUCCUUAUUCCCGCCCCCUGACUCUGCCUCAAUCCAGAGGUUUGCCGCGGUCCAGACCCGGCUUCAAGAACAACUCCCAACCUACAUGAUCCCUAGUAUAUUCAUCCGCGUCGCUUGUAUCCCCAGGACUACUUCUGGCAAGGUAAACCACUCCAUUCUGCGGUCGACCGCCGCUAGUCUUUCAAGAACCGACCUACAAGCAUUCGCAAGCUCACCCACACACAACACGCUCGGGCUUCCAUUGACGGGGAUUGGAAUGAAUGACACUUUUGUGCAACUAGGUGGAGACUCUAUUCUGGCGGUACGCCUUGUAGGAGCCGCGCGGCAGGCUGGUCUUAUCCUUGAUAUUCGCGACGUGCUGGGGACGAAACGGUUAGAGCAGCAAGCGCAGGACGCAACAACCAAAGCAUCCAGUGUCUGUCUCAGCCGAUCCCCUGUCUAUGCACCUUUCACACUGUUAGGUACCAGAAACAGCAACGAGUGCGGUGCUUCUUCUGCGGAUAUUGAAGACGUCUACCCGUGUACGCCGUUGCAGGAAGGAAUGUUUGCUAUAUCAAUGACGCAUCCCGGAAUGUACAGGCACCAGAUUGUGUUCCAAGUUCCAGCAUCUACUAGCAUAAUCCGAUUCAGGUCAGCGUGGGAAGCCACGGUGCAAACCUGCCCUAUCCUCCGCACGCGCAUUAUCCAGACCCCGCAGGGCCUUUUGCAGGUGGUGAUUAGAGAGAAUUUGACGUGGCAAGAAGAAACUUCUGAAUUACCAAUUCUCCCAGGCUCACCUUUAAUGCGCUGUUCCUUCGUUGAUGGCAAACUGACGCUGACAAUCCAUCACGCGAUCUGGGACGCUUGGACAAUGGAGCUGAUCCACAACCACCUGGAGCUCGCCUUUCAGGGUCGGUCGGUGAGAACGUGUCAGCCCUUUCACUCCUUCAUAGGGUAUUUGCAGGAAACCGACGACAAUGCUCUAGAUACCUUCUGGCGCGACGAGCUGGCUGGCCUUGAAGCUGCUGUCUUCCCAAGCCUGCCGUCAGUUCAGUAUCGACCUUCACCUACGGCGACGCUCCGGCACAUCGUGAAGGACAUGAAAAUGACGGCUCGCCGCCAUACGACCGCAACAUAUAUCCACCUGGCCUGGUCAAUGUUGGUAGCACAGUACACGGACUCGGUCGAAGCUGCCUACGGUCUCACCGUCAAUUGCCGGAGUGCUCCCCUGGACACCAUCGCGGAGGUGGCCGGACCAACCAUUGCUACAGUGCCCAUGAUAGUAGCGGUUAGCUCGGAUGAUACUGUCACAGAAUUGCUAGAGCAGAUCCAUUCACGCACGAUUAGAAUGAUCCCGCAUGUACAGACUGGCCUGCAGCGAAUCGCCAAAGCUAGCGCCGACGCCGCGAGGGCCUGCCGCUUCCAGAGCCACCUCAACAUUCAAGCUGCGACACCCGACCGGGCCCAACGGUUGUUCCCCGUCACCUUCGGGACCCCGGGUAGAGGAAUGGAUCUGACACGAUUCGCGAACUACGCGCUCAACCUUCUUCUGCAGUUGGCCAAGGAUGGCAGCACGGUCUCUGUUGACGUGGCGUAUGACCCGCAGAUCCUCAGCGCCGGGCAGGUUGAGAGGAUGAUGCAACAGUGGGAGCACAUUCUACAUAAAAUCACCCGUCAACCCACGGCAAAGGUUGGGGAGAUUGAUCUGCUAAGUCCACGAGACAGGGAGGACCUACAGGGUUGGAACACCAUCAUGCCACCAGCAGACCGUCGGUGCCUCCCGGACCUCUUACUGGCUCAGGGAGCGAGUCAACCACAUCAACUGGCGGUCUCUGCCUGGGACGGUGAUUUUACGUACAGGCAGCUGGUGGUCUUAACAUCCGCUCUGGCACGGCGGCUCAAGGCCUCGUUCGCCGUCGGACCCGGAUUGUUUGUGUCCAUUUGCAUGGAGAAGAGCCGGUGGACAAUAGUUGCCAUUAUUGCUGUCCUCCGUACUGGGGCAACCUGCGUGAUGCUGGAUUCCAAAGUCCCGAGGCAACGUAUGCAGGAAAUAAUCUCAAGUGUAUCCACGCGCAUCGUGGUCAACGAUCCGGCGACAGCUCCCCUGACAGAGGGGCUGACCGAGCGCGAGCUCUGCAUGUCAGUACAAUUCACGAAACACUUGGAGAAAGACCCGCACAAGCGUCGCGUCCACUCUCACCCUGACAUGCACUCAAACCCCGAUGAUCUGGCCUUCGUCAUUUUCACAUCUGGCAGUACAGGAAAGCCUAAGGGAGUCGCAAUGCCACAUUCAACCUUAAGCAGCAGUAUUCGCUACAAUGGCUCCGCGAUGAAAGUUAAUGCGAGCACUCGCGCCCUACACCUCUCCUCUUACGCCUUCGAUGUCAGUAUCUAUGAGAUCUUCACAACGCUGGCCGCUGGAGGUUGUAUCUGUGUGCCGUCAGAGUUCGAGCGAUUGAACGAGCUGGCGGAGUCUAUUCAAAAGUAUGCCGUCAACUGGUCCUUUAUGACUCCGUCGACGGCGCAAACUAUCGAUCCAGCUGAGGUGCCUAGUCUCACGACCCUUGUGUUGGGCGGCGAAGCAGUCAUGCAGGAGCACGUUGACCACUGGUAUCGUUCUUUGUCCAGUGCAAUUCGGUCCCUCGUGAACGGUUACGGCCCCGCAGAGGCCACAAUCUGCGCAGUAGGUCCCAUUCAGAAGAACCAUUGGAAGCCCGGGGUGAUAGGGCACGUGGUAGGUGGCGUAGGCUGGAUUACGAACCCUUCUGACCCUGCGCAGCUGAUGUCAAUCGGGGCCGUCGGGGAGCUGCUUCUUGAAGGACCUUUCCUCGCUCAGGGCUAUUUGAAUCAACCUGAUGUCACCGCGGCCACAUUUAUAGACCCGCCGUCAUGGCGCCUCCGCCUGCCUUUCCCGCGCAGCACCCGGGGGAAGAUCCAACUCUAUCGCACGGGCGACCUUGUUAAGAUACACGGCCAGCGUGUCGAUCUGGCUGGCGUGGAGGCGCAGGUCAGACUCGGGUUACCCGGUUGUGCGGACAGCCUGAAGGUUGUCGCCGAGGCUAUUCAGCUACCGUUGGCCAAUGAUACAGCAUCCACCCUGCUGGUAGCCUUUAUUCAGCGCGUAGAGACCCCGGUACGAGGAGGGGGACGCCUCCUAUUCCCCAUAGACGCGGACUUCCAACACGCUAUAUCCCGCACGCAAACCUACCUCCAGUUCGUCUUGCCACUAUACAUGGUGCCUUCUGUUUUUGUACCACUCAGCCGCAUCCCAAGCACGGUUACAGGCAAGGUCGACCGCCGCGCGCUGCGAGAUGCUAUUCUUGCUCUAUCGUUGCAGGAUCUGCAGCAAUACCGGUCUAACAACGACCGCCGGACGAGUACCUCGACCUCGGUCCUCAGUGUGGCCGAGCAACGUCUUCAGACGAUCUGGACGGAUCUCCUCGGCGUCCCGUGUGGGACAAUCGGGUCCGAGGAUACGUUCAUCGCUCACGGCGGCGAUUCAGUUUUGGCCAUGCGGAUGAUUUCCCGGGUGCGACGAGAGGGUUUUGCGUUCACCAUCGCUGAUGUGCUUAAUAACGGGACAUUGGCCCGUUUAGCCCAGAAAACGGCUACUUCUGCCCAGGAGAAGGCUCCUUUGCCUCUCUCGCCCGGAGUUAUUAAGACUUGCCAACAAAGGGUGGGCCUCCCCCGCCCUGCCUCGGAUGCUCAGGCAUUUUUCAUCCAGAGGUACCCCUGGACACAUUGGCAGUUUAACAUCGAUGGUAAAGUAGAUGUCAAACGAUUGCGGAAGGCAUGUGCGCAUCUUAUCGCUGCUCACAGCAUCCUUCGAACCAGGUUUGUGCCUGGUGAAGCGUCGGGAACGAGACCGCUUCAAAUCGUGAUGCAGAGACUCCACACCCCGUUGCACACAGUCAGCACCGACCAUGACCUCGAAAGCUACAGCAGGUCCCUUUCUCAAGACGAGCAGGAUGUCGAUGUCACUGCGGCCGACCCACCCACGCGGUUUACUUUGGUCUCCAACAAGUUCGAGGCAGCGCAUAUUUUUGCGGAUCUCCAGGCUCUCUAUAAUGGAGCCCACACCAUUACCUCGACGGAUUUCGAGCGAUUCCUCGAUGAGCGUAGCCUACACGAGAAUAAUCAGCGCGCACGACAUUUCUGGCGUGACUACCUCGCCGGCUCAUCACCUCGCUACAUCCUCUCUCCAAAUGCGCUAUCAUUAUUCCUAUCGUCCCCCGCAAGCUCUCCCCAGUCCCUUCCGUCUGUAAUCUCAGCCUCCAACAGCAUCCAGUAUACCAACCUCCCUGCCGGACUAACACUCGCAAUGGUGAUCAAAGCAUCCGUAUCUCUCGUUCUCGCACGCCGAACUGGUCAAAGAGACGUCCUUGUUGGUCAGAUCGUGAAUGGGCGCAGCUUGCCAGUGGCCGGUAUUGAUGAGAUCGUCGGGCCCUGUGUCAACUGUAUUCCCUUUCGCGCAACUAUCCGUCCGAAUAUGACGGUUUGUGAAUACCUACGCCAUAUCCAAGACCAACAUAAUGGCAGCAUGGACUACGAGGGAGUCGAACUCUCAACAAUCAUCCGCGAUUGUGCACGGCAUCUUCUCGAUGAAAAUAUGAAUCUAACAACAAAGUCGAAAGCAUCAAAAGACACGCAUUUCGAGUUUGGUAUCAUCCUCCAACACCAGAAUAUCGACAUGGACCUGGGCUUGAAUCUUGCUGGCGCGCGGUAUAAGUCGUUUACUUCGUCCGGCUCGCUGCGUCCAGGUUCUGAAGUAUGGAUCUGCUCCACGCCGCGGACGUCGGCAGUCGAGGUACAGGUUAUCGGCUCAAGCAGGAUCCUGAACAAGGAAAUCGCGAAGAGUUUGGUUGAUGAGAUUUCAGCCAUGACAAGAAUUCUUCUCAGGAACACGGAUAUAGACAUCGAUAUCUACCGGGUGGCCUUCUGUGACAUAGAGUGAGUAAUUG